AUGACUCGAGCUGAUGUUAUCAAAAGCUUAACGGAUGCAAUUACAAGAAUUGCGGAUAGGAUAAAAAUGCUGGAUCAAGCAGAAUUUGAAUGUAGCCAAAGGAGAAAUGCAAGAUCAGCAGCAUUUUUGGAGCAAACGAAUAUGUUGGAAGCUGUAAGCCAUUUAAACGGUGCGGAAUAUGAGAGAUAUCAAAGGGCAGCAUCCGAGGCUUUAUCAGUUCGUCUUUCAUCUUUGCCACAUGUUCCAGAGGACUGUAUGGAUUAUGAGCUUCCAGAGGCGGUGUUGGAUGGCGACGUUCGUGAUUUAUUUUUUGCUUUAGGUUCGUUUUUGACUACCACACAUCUUUAUUACUUCGAAUAA